GGCGCUAUACACGUUUUUUAAAUUGACCCCAGACAAUGGCUUCCCCGGAAAGUGAGGUUGAAAGAAUAUACGAUAUUUUGGUGUUUGGUGCAAGUGGAUUCACUGGCCAAUUUGUUGUAGAAGAACUAGCUAGGGUUACUGAUGCAGAGAAGGACUUAAGAUGGGCGAUUGCUGGUCGCAAUUCUGAUAAGUUGAGAGGUGUUUUGCUGCAAGCUCAAGAGAUAACGGGCAAAACUCUUGAACAUGAAGUUGAUAUUGUGGUUGCUAAUGUCAACGAUGAAGCAAGCCUCAAAAGCAUGUGUUUGCAGUCAAAGGUCAUCCUGAAUUGUGUUGGGCCAUACAGGUUUUUUGGUGAGCAGUUAGUGAGAGCAUGUGUUGAGAAUGGAUGUCACCAUAUUGACAUAAGUGGAGAGCCACAGUUUCUUGAAGGUAUCCAGUUGAACUAUGAUGAGAAAGCACAAAAUGCCAACGUUUAUGUGAUUGGAAGUUGUGGUUUCGACAGUAUCCCAGCCGAUAUGGGUGUCUGCUUUGUUAGGGAACAUUUCCCAGGAAUUCUGAACACGAUAGAAAGUUUUCUUAUGGCCAGCGGUGGAUCUGGGACUGUUGGGCAUUAUGGGACUUGGCAGUCGGCCAUUCACGGAUUUGCAAACGCUAAGGAACUGAUAAGCUUGCGAAAACAAUUUAAGCAUGAACCGCUCCCUCGCUACAAACCAAGGUUGACGAAAAGGAGUUCUGUGUUCUUUCAUGAACCGUCUGCCAAGUGGGCAAUACCAUUUCCUGGGUCGGAUGUCUCCGUUGUAAGAAGAACCCAACGCUUCAUGUUUGAGAAGGAAUCACAACGACCAAUUCAGUUUGGAGCGUACGCAACUGUUAGCAGUUUCUUUUCGCUGUUGAUGCUCAUUGUCGGUGGACUCCUGUUCUCAGUGCUUGCUAAAUUUAAAUUUGGCAGAAAUCUUUUAGAAAAGUAUCCAAGACUAUUCAGUUUUGGAGCGUUCAGUCACGAGGGUCCUUCAAGAAAACAUUUAGAGAAGAGUUCGUUCACCUUUACCUUUUAUUCCGAGGGAUUCAGUACCAAAGAGAAAGAAGAAGAAGGCCAACAUGAUCGCCAAAUGAUCACAAAGGUGUCUGGACCAGAGCCUGGCUACGUUGCAACACCGAUUGCCAUGAUUCAGAGUGCCUUUGUCUUAUUAAAGGAGUCCAGCAAGUUACCGGGGAAAGGGGGUGUGUUCACUCCUGGAGCAGCCUUUGCCAAAACAAGUUUAAUUAAACGGUUAACGGAACAUGGCUUCCAUUUCAACACGGUCUCUGAGGCUCAACCAAUAUAGACAUAUGUCUCCUGCUGAAACGCUCUUGAUUUUAUAAAAGAAGGCUUGAUUAUUAUCAAAUAUUAAGGCAAUAAUAAUAAUAUAUUUUAAUUAGGUAAUUUAAUUUGUGAUUUUAUUGCUUAUUAUGAAGCUAAACAUAAUUAUAUUCGACAAAGAGAUAAAUGCUUCAUUUUAAAAAAUGGCCAAAAUAUGAGCGCUUUCAGUGUUGUUGUCUUAAAAAGUAUAUCAAAGAAAGAACAAAGGCAUAAAUUUCUCCAUUUCUUUUAAAUAGCAACACUUAGGUUUAUAAAAGAAAUACAUAUGUGGCAAAGACAAGCCAAACCAGUCACUCGUCACAAAUUGUGUUACAGAGAUAAUAGCCAAAACAUGCUGGAAUGUCAACAUUUUUGAAAUCUAUUUUAUUGCUAAAAAGUUGCUAAACUAACCUUUUUAUAUCUAUACAUCAUGGUUUGUUAUUUUCUUCUCCAUUUUCAAUGGUUUCUGCCUGAGAAAUGCCUGAAAUCGUAACUUUGAAGGAUGAUUUCUCAAAUAUUAUACUUUAAAAAGCUGUAUGUUAAAGACUCCUGUAACUUCUUCCUGUAAAUGAUUCUUUCACCAUUUUAUAGCUUUCAUUUUACUGUUAACCCUGUAUUAAUAAAUAUAUAUAGAUUUUUGCGAGGAGUGACUGGUUUGGCCUGCCUUGCCUCGUAUUUUACAUGUGUGCGUCAAAAUACUAGUGUUGUAUCAGGGUACUACAGUAUAUGGUAGCAUUAUGAACUGAAUAUAUAUUAUCUUAGGAUUUUAUCUUGCUUACUUUGCAGUCGUUUUAUCUAAUGUGUUCUGUAUAUCUUAUUCAUACGACCAUGUGAUACAAAUAACACUGAGGAAGGACACAGGCGUGUCAUCUUUAAUAAAAUUUUAUGUCUCUGUUGAGUCAA